CCAGUAAUCUAUUGAUUCUUUUCAUGUAUUUUGAAAUGACGACCACAAGGGAAACAAAGUUAAUAGUAUAUAUAUUCUCCGUAUGUAAAAAGACAGAGGUUGCCAGAGGUAGAAUAAUAAAAAUAUUUUUUCUUAGGUCAAUGAUAAAUAACAAAAUAACUUAUUGUAAACCAAAUGAGACCUUCUCUCCUCUGACGCAUCUCUAUAUAAAAUACUAAAACCUACCACAGCUUUCCAAAUUGUUAAAUCAGUCGAGAGUCCAAGAAAGAAGAAGAAACCAAAUUUGCAAUGGAGAAUCUGUUGGGCCUUCUAAGAAUUCAUGUAAAGAGGGGAGUGAAUCUCGCCAUUAGAGAUAUCUCAAGCAGUGAUCCUUACGUCGUCGUUCACUCUGGAAAGCAGAAGCUGAAGACCCACGUGAUCAAACACAGUGUAAACCCCGAAUGGAACGACGACUUGACUCUUUCUGUGACUGAUCCAAAUCUACCCAUUAAACUCACAGUUUAUGACAAGGACUUGUUCUCGGCGGAUGAUAAGAUGGGAGAAGCAGAGUUCAGCAUUGCUACAUAUCUUGAAGCCGUUAAAUACCGCCCUAAGGUCGAAGGAGGACUUCCCAAUGGAACUAUUAUAAUGAAGAUACAGCCGACCAGACAGAACUGUUUGUCUGAAGAGAGCCAUAUUGUGUGGAACCAAGGGAAGCUUGUUCAGAACAUGUUCCUUAGGCUCCAGCACGUGGAAUGUGGAGAGGUAGAGAUACAGCUUGAGUGGAUCGAUGUCCCCGGUUCAAAGGGUAUUUAAGUCACCAAUUUAUUGAUCCGAUCCUUCGUCACUUGUGCAUACAUGGUUUAGAACUUAGACCUGCGGUGGGGUUUCCAACUGGUCAGAGAAAGAAUCUCGAACUGGUUAUGUAAUAAUCUCGUCUUCUUUUUUUUUAUUUGAGUCCCAAAAAAGUGCAUGUCCAUGAGGAAUAACUAAGUGUAGCAUUUGGUUUCAAAGACAGUUGUUUCUCAUA